CAUCAACCGCUGCUAAUUUCCUUGCCCUUCGUCUUUCUCUUCGUGAAUCCGUUGUCGUGUCAUUCUUUUCCAAUCGGCUUUUCUCUGCGCAACACUUUCCAUCCAAAUGACGCUCCAGAAGUACUCCGCGUUGCUCCACGAUGGCCCCGAGGUGGUGCACAAACGCGAAGCUCCUGAAGUCGUCCCUCACGAGUCUUUCCAGCAUGGGCAACACUCGGAAAACUACCCCGAGUUCGACCAGAGACACUCGACCUCUGCCAAGGAAGCGAUCAAUGUAUACGAGGAUCCUGAAAGUGUCGGCUCCAGCCAUCAUCCUCAUGAGAUCAAGAGGACCACACCUCAAAUGCAGAGGGGUGAUUGGAAUGGCAUGCGACGGAAGCACGAAGGACGGCGAUACUGUCGCAUGCGGAAGGCUGUCUUCAUCGCCGUCGUAGUGCUACUGUCCUUCAUCAUUAUCGGUGUGGCGGUCGGCGUUGGAGUUGGAAUAUCUCUAUCCGGCAAAAAAGACAGUGGCAGUACCCAGGCGCUGCAGGCAAUGUCAAUGACAGGACUUGCAACGGUGUCAUCCGGCGAUAUCAUGUACGAGUACUUCCAAGCCCCUAACGGCAGCAUUCUCGAGAAUUCCUAUUCCAACGGACAGUGGUCGUUACAGGGCACUACAGGUACCGACGCAUUGGUCACUACCAGAGCCGGUCCUGCCUCGCCCCUCGCCGCAAUCGUGUAUCCUUUUGCUGGGCAGACGUAUCGACAGGUCUUCUACCUCAACGAUGUUGGGCAGGUCGCCACAACCAAUAGAACGCAGGACGGAAGGUGGAGCACGUCAACGACGAUCACGAGCGAGGUAGUCACGCCAAACAGUAUAGCGCUGGCAGCAUGCUGGAACGACAACGACCUGUACGGGUUUCGAGUCUAUUAUGCAUCUCAGGCUGGCGGCAUUCAGGAGCUCGGCGGGUACUUCAAUGGCAGCGAAUGGAUUGGUCAUGCAUUGUUCCCUGCCGCUGACCUCAGUUCUGGCGUUGCGUGCGUAACGCACGGGCAGACAUUGAAUCUGUACUUUCGCGACAAGGAAUCCGGCACGGUUGUACAAGAGCACUACAACUACGCCGUGGACAAUAAUUACACAGACUGGAACGGCGGCCCACUCACAGCCUACACUGCCCUCGCCGGCGCUGACAUCGCUGCCUGUAGCGAUCCUUCCGGCGCGCAAUAUGUCUUUUUCCAGUCGCAGGACAACGAAAUCAUGCUUGGCACGCUCAACGCGCAGAACACAGACUACGAGACAUUCACACAGCGUCAGACGAGCAUCACGGGUUCGAAGCUGGCCGCGGCGUACGUCAAUGGCGGCGCGCUCGUCGCCUUUCAAGGCGAUCCAGAUUCAUCCACCAUGUGGGUUUCGGACUUGUCGGGCACCGGUGGGACGAUUUUGAAUGCGACGAUUGCAUGAGUCAUCGGGACCAGAGUGACAGAGUGUACGGAGCAACGUGUACAGUGUCUCUUGAUUAACAAUACCCCACCUCCGG